UUAUGUUCCGCUUUUGAUCGCAGGAAUCGAGACAGUGACGGUGUUUGACGAAACUUUCGACAGUACUCGUUCAGAGCUCGUUCUCUUUUUCUGCAAUGCGUGCGUUUCUCCUAAAACUGAAUUACGGUCUCCGAGACCUUUCGUACAUGGAAUUGGAACGACAUGCUGCAACAUACCGAAGCCCAAGAUGCGGUACAAAUCCGAGUCAAAAGGCAGUGUCGUGUUAUUUCGAAAGGUUCGGAAACAAGUGUGUUCCUGCUGAGGGGACGCAGGUUCGACUACAUGUUCAUAAAGAGGAAAAUGGGGUGAAACUUGGCAAAGUUUGCCCGAAGCAGUCGAGCUUGGAGAUUAUUUUCUCCAUCUUCCAGUGUCCAUGCGGAGACUUCAUACUAAGCGUGGUUGGAAAGCUGAAGCAACGCUUUGGUUUGUUCCUACUCGUCAAUGAUGACGUUUUACCACUUGAUGAGAAAGGCAUGCGUGUUCUGAGACAUGGCGACAUCAUCAGAGGAUUUUUCUCCAAAAUUCCUUCUUUCAGGAUCAUGUUCCUCCUCAGUGACAGCAGUCACGUCAGAGAAACGCAGACUUCGCUCCUUCUGUCAUGUCCUUGGCUAGUUCUCAAGAAUAUCGCAAAAUUUCUGCCACCAUUUGAAAUGAUGCGAGACGUUGUUCCAGUAUGUCGGCAGCUUUUUCACUUGAUGAGGGAUGGAAGCAGUUGGACACGUGUGGAGAUUUGUCUUCGGGAUGGAAUGCAAUGUCCGCCAUUUGGGCACUUCCAUGACUUCUGCAACGUUGUAUAUAAGUUGAAGAAACUGCAUCUCAAUCAUGCUAUUCUACAUGACGGCGAACGUUUAAGGUCCAAUUUGGUUGUGCUGUGGGAUCCGCACUUGCGGCAGUUUCCUGAUUUUCUGGGUUCUGGUGUGCUUUCAAGUCUUCAUACCUAUCAGUUGCCCGUUAACUUGAGUGCGGGAAAUUGGAAACUUGCUCGGAAAAUGGGAAUAUUUGCAAACCUCGAAUCCCUGAGCAUGAGUGGAGAGAUCUUCAACAACAUGCCGCCGGCUAAGAAGAAAAUCAUUUUUUUCCCGAAGCUGAAAUCACUGUGGCUGGAAGAUGCCUCACCAAUCGCUGCAUGUCGUCAUUUUCCGUUGAUGCCAUCAUUGGAAUACCUCUGGAUCAGGAAUGCAGUUAGAGAAGAAACUUCUAUAAAACCUACACAAGAAGUUCUACAAGCACUGGAAGUCUUCAAUACAAGUCCAAUCGAGUGGCUGGAACAUCUGAAAUGUGUCUCUGCUGACGUUUGGGAGACAUACAUUCCGUAUUCGAACAUGAUCAACUUGGAAUGCGUAGCUCUUUUCUUCCAGCACAAAACCGUUGAGAAAAGUCCUGGAGGCAUCUUCAAAGAACUUCGGUCCUGCUCCCAACUUAGAGGGUUGAUCCUGAAGGUUCCAGAUAAUCUCCCCUUGGAAACUCUUGGUCAAUUGUCACAGCCGUUGGAAUUCAUUGCGUUUCCUGGAACGAAACUCAACAAGGCCUGGUCUGUGCUUCGUCAACUCAGCCACUGUAAAGAUUCUCUGGAGGAUCUUUGGAUUGAAGUGUGUGACUUCAAGGAAGUGAAGAAAAUUCUCCGGGCUGUGAAGGCGUUCAAGCAACUGAAGAAUAUAGUUUUGUUUUCGAAAAGUGACGUGGGAAGCGGCGAAGGGCUUCCCGAAACUAUGCUAGGCUGCCUCGGACCAGUGUCUUCUUUGUAUCAAGCGACUUUCGUUUGUGAGUUCGGACCAGAUCUACGUCACAAGUACAUCGCUUGCGACGUCAAACAGCAAACGAGCUCGGAAUUCUCAUCCAGAUUCGUCACGAGAUUUUACUCCGAAUGGCUUCGACUUGUGCCUAACCAGUUGGUGCAGGCUUCUUUCAGGAUCAUGUUCCUCCUCAGUGAUGGCAUCAGUCACGUCAGAGAGCCACAGACUUCACUCCUGUUAUCAUGUCCUUGGCUGAUUCUCAAGAAUGUCAUGAAAUAUCUGACACCAUUUGCAAUGAUGCAAGACGUUGUCCCUGUGUGUCGGCUAUUCUUUGACUUGAUGAAGGAUGGAAGCAGUUGGACGCGUAUCGAGUUUUAUCUUGAGAAUGGAAUGGAAUGUCCGCCGUGGGGACACUUGAAGGAUUUCUGCAAUGUUGUGUAUAGGUAUGUUCGGAGGCUUUCAUUGAAGUUCAGAUUUCAAACUGGACUGGAACCUUUUUGGCCACGGAACAUUUUAAAACCAAUAUUCAAUCAUCACGAUUGGAGUAAAUUGAAGGUUCUCAAAGUCCUGAAUUUGGAUACGAACGAAGAUGCAUGGCUUGAAUUUCUCACGAGAAGUGGCAAGACGCUCACGAACUUGGAGAUGCUGUCAGUGGAAUGCGUUACUCUUGGGGACUCUCUAUUAAAAUCUUCCGAAUCUGGAGACAUCUUGUUUCCCAAAUGUCGGGUAGUGAGUUUACGGUGUUCCUUGGAGAAAAUGUAUUCAGCAAAUAUGGGACAGGCUUUUCCGAGGAUGGAGAAACUGUAUCUUAAUCCUGCUAUUCUACAUGACGUGGCAAAUGUAUUAUCCAAUGUUUCCCUGCUGCGGGAUCCUUUUUUGCUGAAGUUCCCUGACUUUCUGGGUUCUGGUGUUCUUUCAAGUCUUCAUACCUAUCAAUUGCCCGUGAAGUUGGAUGCGAUGGGUUGGCAACUUGCUUGGAGAAUGGGAAUUUUUGGAAACCUUGAAUCCCUUAGCAUGAGUGGAACGAUCUUCAACAAAAUGCCGCCGGUUGACGAUGAGAAAAUCAUAUUUUUCCCGAAGGAAAUUAAGAAAAUUCUCCGAGCCGUGAAGGCGUUCAAGCGACUCAAAAAUGUCGUGUUGUUGUCGAAAAGUGUGCUGGGAAGCGGCGAAGGGUUUCUAGAAACUAUGAAGGAAUGCCUUGGGCCAGCGUCGGUUUUGAAUCAAGCUACUAUCCUAUGCGAAGCUGGGAUGGAUCCACGUCACGUUUAUCUCACUUACAACGCCAAACAGCAAAAGGGCUCGCUGUUCUCAUCUACGUUCAUCACAAGGUUUCACUCCGAAUGGUUCAAGCACGUGCCUGACAAUGACAGUGAGUGCCACUCAACUCUUACGGGGGCUCAGCCGACAGAGAUGAAUUCCAGUGACCACGCCGACUCGGACCCUCAACCAGGGCCACAACCAGCAGCUCAGUCUAACGCAAGAGCAAACGUCAGCCCAUGGAACAAGAUAACGUUGAACGCCAUGCAGACUUACGCAACAGCGCACCAAGUACCAAACGCCAACAAUGCGUCACGCAAUGAACUUGUGAUUGCGCUUCAAAGUAAAGGGGUCACGCCCCAGAACGUAGUGAUGAACACGUCACCAGACUUCACAACGGGACCCAGCGCCGCGGAACAGCUUGCCCAGUUGCUCCUCUGCUACAGGCCCAUCUAUUAUCCAAAACAGUCAGAAAACGAAAACAUCAAGGUGUACCUAUGUCGUUUGGCGAUCGCCUUCAAACAGGAUAACACACCAAAUUCCACCAGGGUUGAUUGCCUGAUAGGGCAUUCACAACCCAAAGUAGCCGAGGCAGCAAUGCUGCUCUACGAGCAAGGAUAUACAGAGUAUGACGACAUUGUGGACAGGCUGAAGGUUUGGUUUGGGCUAUGUCCCUACAAACAUUAA